CGUGCGCGGUUCGGAUUGCGUCUGUCAUCGCGGCGCAGGAGCGUGUGGUGAGAUUUAUGCGGGGCGUGAAUCGCGUAAUCGCGCGAAGUUGACGUACUUGGGGUUGUCGUUGAACGAGACGAGGCCGCGUUGACGAUGGCCAAGCCGCCGCCAUACAAGCUGAGCACUGUGUUGCUCGGACAUACCGCGGACGUGAGAGCGGUGGCAACAUUCAUGGACGGCACCGUCGUGUCGGUCUCCCGGGACAAGACCGCCCGCGUAUGGAAACCGAGCGGGAAGGGGACCGAAUAUGUGCAAAGUGUGGUACUCAAAGGCCACACUAACUUUGUCAGUGCAGUGUGUGUAAUAAAUCCUUCAGAGACAAGUCCCAACGGUUACAUCAUAACCGGCAGCAAUGACAAUACUAUAUGUAUCUAUGUGGCGAACGAGACAGUGCCUAUGCAUACGAUAACAGCACAUCAGAAUACCGUGUGUAAUUUGAGAACCGGUAAAAAGGAAAAUACGUUUCUCUCCAGUUCGUGGGACCUGACAGCAAAAUUAUGGGACAUGAAAGAUCUGAGUAAGCCACAAUUGAAUCUUGUGGGUCAUACAGCUGCAGUAUGGUGUGUAGCUGACUUGUCAAACGGUAAUAUAAUAACUGGAUCAGCCGACAAGCUGGUUAUAGUAUGGAACAGAGAUGGUGUUGUACAGCACAAGUUAACAGGACACACUGACUGCGUCCGUGACAUAACUGACAUCAAAGAGGAUGAAUUUAUAACUUGUGCAAACGACGCCACCAUAAGGCAUUGGAACGCCAAGCUUGGAACUUGUUUGGGCACUUAUUGUGGCCAUGAAAAUUAUAUUUACAGCAUAUCAGCCACCAUGAAUGGCACGUACGUCUUUUCGUCCAGCGAAGACAGGACUCUCAGAGUAUGGCACAAUGCGGAAAUAAGUCAAACAAUUGUUUUGCCCACGCAGUCGAUAUGGUGUAUUGAUUUAUUCUCGAACGGCGACAUAAUUGCCGGCAGUUCCGACGGCAUCCUGAGAAUAUUCUCGUCCAAUCCCGAGCGACACGCGAACAUGGAGAUACUGGAAGCAUUUGAGAAAGAAGUGGCAAAUACCAUUCUGAAUGCGCAGCAGGUAAUCGGAGACAUGAACGUAAGAGAUUUGCCGGAUUCAAGAGUUCUUCUACAGCCCGGUCAACGUGACGGACAGACAAAGAUCGUGAACGAAGGGGAUGUAGUCAGGGCGUACAGUUGGUCGCAGAAUGAGCAACGGUGGAUACGAAUCGGUGAUGUGAUGGGUGCGUCCGGUAGCACCGCGGCUACCUCUGGAAAACAGCUUUACAAUGGCAUAGAAUACGAUUACGUAUUCUCGGUCGACAUACAAGACGGCGUGCCACCGUUGAAGCUUCCAUAUAAUAAGGGUCAGGAUCCCUGGCACGCUGCACAAAAGUUCCUGCACGACAAUAAUCUCAGUCAAUUGUUCUUAGAUCAGGUUGCAAAUUUUAUAGUAAAGAAUUCUGAGCCGACUCCAGUCUUGAAUACCGGAUCACAGUUUGUAGAUCCUUUUACAGGAGGGAGCAGAUACGUUCCUGGAUCAGGAACAUCGUCUAGUACACCCGAUAUUACUGUACCACCACCGACAUUUACUUCUUCCAACACGUCCAUAUGUCCUUCUUACAUACCUCACUUAAAAUACCUGAAGUUAGAACAGGCGAAUCUGUCUGCCAUUUUCGAUAAAUUACGUGAGCUAAACACCAAGCAAGAAAGUAUGUAUAAAAUACCAGAAGAAAAGUUGGAAGCAGUGGGUAAACUCACGAGCGACGGAGUGUCCGAAGAAGUUAGGAUCAAUGCUAUCAGCACGCUGAAAAGCCUCCUAAAUUGGCCGAACGACAUAGUAUUCCCGGCUCUUGAUAUAGCAAGGCUCACCGUACUUCAUAAAGAGGUGAACGAUCAAUUGUGCACGGAAGAAUUGCUACCAAUUAUACGAAGACACGUCAAGUCCGACGCAACCUCGUCAAAUCAAAUGCUCACCUUCCGACUGUUGGCUAAUAUGUUCCAAUACGAAAAGGGGGAAAAACUUUGCCUGGAUAAUAAAGAUGAGAUGCUCGGAUCUUUGCUGAGUCUACAGUCCUUCGGAAAUAAAAAUAAUCAGGUUGCAAUAUCGACGUAUAUAUUGAAUCUGAUCAUAGCAUUAAAUAAGUAUAAUGAUACGCCUGGUAGAACGAGAGCUCUGAAUGUAUUGGUUACCACCGUAUUGCCCCGUUUGAGCGAAUCUGAGGCGAUAUUCAGAGCUCUAGUUGGACUGGGAACGUUAUUGGCUGCUACACCAGAUCCGGAUGAUCGUAAUGAAUUGAUUAGCGCUAUGCGACGGUUCGAAAACGCCUUGAGCAUUCUCAGAACUCUGUCUGAAAGUGCGACCGACCUUAGUGCGUCCAAAAAAGUGGCAAACUGUUCCAAACAAAUUAUCGAUUUGAUUACUUAAUGUACACUUGCGAGUGAUACGAUGCUGAUAAAACCAUUACGAGAGGUAACUCUAAAUAAGAAAGCGAGUUUAAGAGUGUAAUUAAUAAAAAUGAUUUAUCCCAUGAAAAAUAAAAACAGAUUCUAGCACGCACUAAUAUACUUGGUGAACGCGAUCACAGAAGCGUAAGGUAACAUAAGUUUUCAUAUGUAUGCAUCUUUUGCAGUUCGGUUGCUCAAUCAUAAAAUACAGUAAACAAUAAAAAGACAUUUUUUGAUACAAUUAACGCUGAUCAUUUGGACCGCUCCUCCGUAGAAUUGUAAGAUAUCCCCACAAAGACGUAAAGACUUAAAUAACAAUUAAUUAUUGCAACAAUCAUAGUAUACAUUUGCAAAGAAAAAAAGAAACAUGGUCGAAGUAUAACGUCGAAGUAUAAUGAGAGUUUUAAGAUUGUUUCAUAUAUAUUUCUACAAGAUUGAACAUCUCAUUUUUCGAGUCCGCAGUAAUUUAUUGAGAUUAAACUUGUGCAAGUAAAAUUUUCAAUAUCUUAACAAUUUAUUUGCGCUUAUUCCAUUAAUCAUUACAACCGAGUAAAAAGUAAAGCAACGCUUCGCGCAAACGUCACUUGACAUACAUAUUGACUGUUCAGAGUUCAGAAAUGAUAUGCGUUCACUUAUUUCACGUAUCUUUUAAUUUCAUUUUGUAAUGCAUGCGUAAAUGUUUCCUAACAGAACGAAUCUGUUGCUUCCAGAUACAUAUAUAUAUUUUAUAAUGUAUAUAGCGGUAAUAAAAUUAUCGAGGAAGAGACUCCUUACAUUCCAAAUUCCGUAAUCGAUUUCACAUCAGAGCAUACAAAAAUAAAGAAUGUCGAUUAAUGCUAUAAAAAUAUGCAAGAACAAAAAUUCAAACGUCUCUUACGCACAUCGAGAUGACAGAAACUUAAACGAAUCAUUACUAUCUCAUGAUGGCAUACGCACAAUGCGCACGUAACAUGCGUAUUUUAUUUUACGCAACUCUUCGAACGAAUUAUCAGAAAGAAAAGACGAGAAUUACCUGCGUGGAAUGUAAACCUGCUUAUAAAUGACAAUCGAUUACUUGUAGUUCAGGUAAGAUAAGUUGUGUGUAUUUCUAAUGGAAAAAAAAAAAUUAAAAUAUA